CCUGAUCCACGGGUCAGGCAACAAGCGAGUAAGCAGCGGGUGCGUGUCCUUCUGCUUGGACCUACCGACCGUUAUCGACGGUGUAUGCUCCGGCAUGGGGUGCUGCCAGGCACCGGUGCCACCGGGGCUCAAGAAUUUCCGGUUGGAAUUCAUCAGCCUAAGAAACCUCGCCGGGUAGACGAGCGAGUUGGCGAAGUUGCCGUGCAGCAAGGCGUUCAUCGUGGACAACGCCUGGUACCAUUUCUCCCCGGACGAUCUAAAGGGGAAGCAGGGUGACGAGUUCGGGCCCGUGUUUCUGGACUGGGCGAUAUAGAACCAGAAGUGCGAGGAGGUCAGGAGGAGGAACGCCACGGACUACGCGUGCCAGGACAACAGCCACUGUAUAGAUCCGCCGGAUAUAGCCGGCUACCGCUGCAGCUGCGACAAAGGCUACGCCGGCAACCCGUACAGCCCGGGUGGAUGCAAAGGUUCUAUGGCUGGCACCACCUUCAUCCUCCAAUAUGCUGGAUCCCUCGGUGAUGCAGGAAGACGCGCCCCAGUGCUACGACCGGACCGGUAUCCAUAUCCAAUACCCAUUCGGCGUGGUAGGCAACGACAGCGUCGGCCUUAUUCCCCUCCCCGGUUUCGAGAUCGAAUGCAGUGGAAGCGGGCCGAAGCUGAAGCUCGGCAGUGACCGCUACCGGCUGCUGAACCUAUCGCUAGACCACGGCUACGUCCGGAUCGUCGGCCACGUAAUUGCAUCACGGUGCCCCGACAACUCCUCCGGCCACAGUCUCUGGCCCUACCACGUCCCCGAUCUGACGGAUACCCCCUACACGUUCUCUGCCACGAGGAACCAAUUCACGGCCACCGGGUGCGACGCCAUGGCCCUGAUCCACGGGUCAGGCAACAGGCGAGUAAUCAGCGGGUGCGUGUCCUUCUGCGCGGACCUAAAGACCGUUACCCCAGGUGUAUGCUCUGGCGUGGGGUGCUGCCAGGCGCCGGUGCCCCCGGGGCUCAAGAGUUUCCAGUUGGAGUUCAGGAGCGUAAGAAACCUCAGCGGGUCGACGUACGAGUCGGCGAAGCUGCCGUGCAGCAAGGCGUUCAUCGUGGACAAGGCCUGGUACAAUUUCACCAGGGACGAUCCAAGGGGAAACCCGGAUGACGAGUACAGGCCCGUGUUUCUGGACUGGGCGAUCGGGAACCAGAAGUGCCAGGAGGUGAUCAGGAGGAACGACACGGACUACGCGUGCAAGGGCAACAGCCACUGUAUAGAUCCGCCGGAUGUAGCCGGCUACCGCUGCAGCUGCGAUCCAGGCUACGAGGGGAACCCGUACAGUCCGGGUGGAUGCGAAGACAUCGACGAAUGUGCUCAUCCGGACACCAACCCUUGUGUGGGGAAAUGCACCAACACGAAAGGGGGCUAUAAAUGCACUUGCCCACGAGGAACGAGGGGUGAUGGUUUGAAAAAAGGUACAGGCUGCAAGGGGAUUGCACCGCUGGAUAUUGCCUUGGCUGGAGGUGCUGGCCUAGGCAUUCUGCUUCUUCUUGGAUCUAGUGUUCUGAUUUGGAGGAAAUUGAAGCAAAGAAAUGUGAGAAAAAGAAAAAAAAAGUUCUUUCACCAAAAUCGGGGAUUGUUAUUACAACAGCUUGUUUCUUCUGACGAAACUCUUGUUGAGAGGAUGAAGAUCUUCACACUAGAAGAGCUAGAGCAGGCAACCAACAAGUUUGAUAGUGCUCGGGUUGUUGGUAAAGGAGGCCAUGGCACUGUUUAUAAAGGAAUUCUAUUAGACCAACGCGUGGUUGCUAUCAAAAAGUCAAAGAUAGCAAAUCAGAUUGAGUUAGAUCAAUUUAUAAAUGAGAUGGUUAUUCUUUCGCAAAUCAAUCACAGGAAUGUGGUUAAGCUCUUUGGAUGUUGCCUAGAAUCCGAAGUCCCCUUGUUAGUAUAUGAAUUUAUCUCUGGUGGAACUCUUUUCAACCAUCUCCAUGAUAGCCAAGACUUCGCUCCUCUAUCAUUACAAGAUCGUCUAAGGAUUGCCACUGAAAUUGCAAGUGCACUGUCCUAUCUACACUCCGCGGCUUCAAUAUCAAUUUUUCACAGAGAUGUCAAGUCAUCUAAUAUAUUACUCAAUGAAAGCUAUACUGUAAAGGUAUCAGAUUUUGGUGCUUCAAGGUCUAUUCCUCCUGAUCGAACAUGUGUAACCACAACUGUUCAAGGAACAUAUGGUUACUUGGAUCCUGAGUACCACCAAACAGGCCAAUUAACAGAGAAAAGUGAUGUCUAUAGCUUUGGAGUCAUUCUCCUGGAGUUGUUAACUGGGAAGCAUCCAAUUUCAUACAGUAGACAUAAAGAUGGAACUCUGACUUUGGAUUUCAUUUGUUCCUUAAGGGAGAAUCAUCUCUAUGACAUUUUAGACCCCCAUAUUGUGGGAGUGGGAGGAGGAGAAGAGAUUGAAACAGUUGCUACUCUUACUGAAUUGUGCUUGAGAUUGAAAGGGGAAGAAAGGCCCACAAUGAGGGAGGUUGAACAAAAAUUUUAUACCAUGAGAAGGUUCAGAAGAUCAGAUCAUGAUCUUGAUGUUUUACAAAAUCGUGGAAUGACAGCAGGCUUGCCAGGCAAGAUACCAAUUAAAGGCAAUGGUAGCGGUUCGACCAGGCAAUACAGUUUAGAGAAAGAGUUUUUCUUGUCACUAAUAGAAGAACCAAGAUGAUUUCACAAGGGUAGAGAGCCAUAUGAAUGAAUGAUAUGUUGGAUAUUAAACCAAAUUUAAUAGUCACCUCAAUUGAGUCAACCUGCAUGGUAUUCUACAAGGUGUCGUAUGUUGUAUGGUCAAAGAGUCCAGGAGUUAAUGGUGCAUGUGAAGCAUCAUGGCAAGAGUCAUAUGAGUGGAGUCAUCUAAUGAAGUGAAUAAUCAUGAAUGCAAGGGGUGUCUUUUAGAGUUCUAUGUAAGUUUAAUAGUUCUCUUAAAUGUUCUAAUAAAGUUAUGCAAGGAAUAUAUCAAGAGUCAUUAUGUAACUAUAUAAAGGCAUGUACUGGUUCAUCCUGUAAGAAAGUCAGAAGAACCAAUGGAAUGAAGUAAUAUUGGAGUGUUAUACUCCAUCUGCCCUCUCCUGCUCUCUCCCAUUACAUCAAUUAACACACCUUCACAGUACCAGGAUGCAAUAGCCGACAAGGACGAGGGCCGGGCAAGUCGACGAGGCUGAAUAGAAUUAGAUCGAACCUUUUCAUGAGGUUUCUAUUGAAGUGUUUUUACUCAGAUUGUAAGAUUUUAUAGUUGCUAUUGUUUCAUUCACAUCAAGAACACUUGACAAACUUUAUACAGAAGGAAACAUUUUAGGAAACAAAUUUUGAGAAAGCUAAGAGAAGAAUUAUCAAUCAUAAACCGCACUGCAAACGUCUUCAACUAGCACCGAAAUUCAACAAAGGAAAGGCUUUUUAUUGCCGUUCAUCAAUUAUUCAGUCCUUUUCUAUUGGUCUCGUGCUAGCAUUUCCACGUUAAAGAGCCACUUACCCAAAGCGCCACUGCUGCUGAACUUGAUCCAAGACGUGCCCAUGCUUGCUCGCGAAUUCUUUCCA